UCUGUUUUCUCAGCCAGAGCAACCAGGCUGAAAGACAACGAUUUGUUCCCAUCACACAGAGAGAGCCAAAGGUGAAUGGGGAGAGGAAUCCAGAUCUCCCCUCAUCCCAGCUCAAUCCUUCCAGGUCUAGGGUCUUCCAGAUCUUGGACUUUGAUCCCCAGAAUUCCCCAGCUAACCUGGCCUUUGAUGAGAAUUCUGGGGGUUGAAGUCCACACAUCUGGGAGGCAUCAAGGCUUGGGAAAAGUGUGCUGUAAAUGCUACCCUAUCGCUGGAAAAAAUGAGUGCCGAUUGCAGAAUGGCUAAAUAAGCAUUGAGGCUGCAAUGGAAUAUACAAGAGAUUUCAAAAUGCCAAGACAGGAGUCUCUCGGGACUUACCAGGAUGAGGCUAACACAGGACAAGAUUUUACCUGGGUGGUUAAGGCUAAUAACCGAGCUUAUCAUGAACAAAUUCGAAAGAGGCAUCUCUGGUGUUUGAAGAAGAAAAAAUAUGCAGACAAUGCCAUUAAGACGGCUAAGUACAACUUUUUCACUUUUCUCCCUCGCAACUUGUAUGAACAAUUUCACCAGAUGGCUAAUGUAUACUUCUUGUUCAUUAUUCUUUUGCAGACCUUCCCACAGAUCUCCACACUGCCUUGGUUUGCACUCCUCGUUCCCCUCUGUAUCUUGCUCUCCAUCAGAGGCGUCCGUGAUUUAAUUGAUGAUGUUGCACGACACAAAAGUGAUGGGGAAAUCAACAACCGACCUUGUGAGAUCUUGACAGGUGGAAGUUUCUGCAAAAUGAAAUGGUGCAAUAUACAAGUGGGUGAUAUCAUUUGCCUCCACAAGGAUAGCUUCGUACCGGCUGACCUCCUUUUACUCUCCAGUUCUGAACCAAACAGCCUCUGCUAUGUGGAGACCAUGGACAUAGAUGGAGAGACUAACCUGAAAUACAGACAAGCUCUCCUGGAAACACACGAGCAGCUGACCUCCACGGAGAACAUGGCUGCCUUUGACGGUGAGGUGGUCUGUGAAGAGCCAAACAGCCGGUUACACAACUUUAUCGGUACCUUAGAGUGGCACGGAGAGAAAUACCCUCUUGAUUGUGAGAAAAUCCUGUUGCGUGGCUGUAGAGUGCGUAACACAGAGGUCUGCUACGGCCUUGUUAUUUAUGCAGGUUUCGAUACCAAAAUCAUGAAAAACUGUGGAAAGAUCACGUUAAAAAAAACAAAACUCUGCCGUCUAAUGGAUCGUCUCGUGCUCAUGAUCACAGUCACUCUCCUCCUGAUCUCCUUCGGCCUUGCCAUUGGCUCAGGGUUAUGGGCCACCAAGUUCUUCCAGGAACACAGCUAUCUUUUGGGCUUCUACGACCACACCAGUGCAGUCAGCUACGCCUUCUUUGCGUUCUGGGGGUUCCUCAUCCUCCUCAGCUUGGUCAUCCCCAUGUCCAUGCUCAUCACGUUUGAAUUUAUCUACCUGGUCAACAGCUGUUUCAUCAACUGGGACACAGAGAUGUAUUAUGCAGAGAAGGACACACCUGCCAAUGCUCGGAGCACAAGCCUGAAUGACCAGUUGGGGCAGAUCGAAUAUAUUUUCUCAGACAAAACAGGCACCCUGACUCAAAACAUCAUGACUUUCAAGAAAUGUUGUAUCAACGGAAACAUCUAUGGUUCAAGCAACAAGACUGAAUGCAAAUCAAUGGAUUUGAGCUGGAACAAGUAUAUAGACAAGAAGCUGGAAUUUCAUGAUCAGUUGCUUUUGGAUACCAUCCGGAGUGACCAGGACCCGGUGGUGAGGGAAUACAUGCGGUUGCUUGCCCUGUGUCACACUGUCAUGGUGGAGGAGAAAGAAAGCGAGCUUGUUUAUCAAGCUGCUUCACCAGAUGAGGAAGCCCUGGUAACAGCUGCCAGAAACCUAGGUUAUGUCUUUCUCUCCCGCACUCAAGAUACUAUCACGAUAAGUGAACUGGGUAUACAACGGACUUACAAGGUGCUGGCAUUGCUAGAUUUCAAUAGUGUCAGAAAACGGAUGUCUGUUUUAGUGCAAGAUCCCGAAGGUUGCAUCAAGCUUUACACCAAGGGGGCAGAUUCUGUGAUCCUAGAAAGGCUCCACGGUGACCGGACCAAUGAAAGUUGCACCAUCAAAGCACUGGAUAGUUUUGCAGCGGAGACCUUAAGGACUUUAUGCCUGGCUAUGAAAGAGAUGGACAAAAAGGAGUACGCCCUAUGGAGCAAGAAACACCAUGCGGCGAGCAUCUUAUUACAGGGCCGGGCCCAAGAGUUGGACAAAUUAUAUGAGGAGAUUGAGCAGAACCUCAAGCUUCUGGGUGCCACAGCCAUAGAGGACAAAUUACAAGAUGGGGUCCCUGAGACCAUUCACCUUCUCAAAAGGGGGGACAUCAAAGUAUGGGUGCUAACUGGAGAUAAGCAAGAAACUGCUGUCAAUAUUGGGUUUGCUUGCCAACUCCUUUCCGAAGAUAUGAUCAUUCUGGAGGAAAGCAAAAUCAGUGAGAUUCUUGAACCAACCUGGUACAGCAACAACAGUCUAGUUGGCAGCGAUGAAGCCCUGUGCAACAUCAGCUCUUUUCUUCCUUACCAGGCAUCUGGAGGGCAUGUCAAAAAAGCCCUGGUGGUCACUGGGGAUUUCCUUGAGAAAAUCUUUCACACGGAGGAGGAGAAGAAAGCAAAGAAGAUGAAAGGCCUUUUGGGGUCUUUGCGCUUCCGGACUGCGGACACCAGCAAGGAGCACGGGAACCUCAUUGAAAAAGCCUUUGUGGAACUGGCUACCACUUGCCAAGCUGUGAUCUGCUGCAGGGUCACACCCAAGCAGAAGGCCCUCAUUGUGCAAAUGGUGAAGAGACACAAGAAUUCCAUCUCCUUGGCCAUCGGAGAUGGGGCCAAUGACGUCAACAUGAUUAAAACUGCGGACAUAGGAGUUGGAAUCAGCGGGCAAGAAGGCAUGCAAGCAGUACAGUGCAGUGAUUAUGCACUGGCUCAGUUCCGCUACCUUCAGCGGCUCCUCUUUGUCCAUGGAAAGUGGUCCUACCUCCGGAUCUCCAAAUUUCUCCGCUACUUCUUCUUCAAGACGUUUGCUGGCAUGAUGGUGCAAAUCUGGUUUGCUUUCUAUACAGGAUUCACAGCACAGCCUCUGUUGGAUGCCUGGGUCCUCGCCCUUUAUAAUGUUAUCUACACAUCGUUCCCAGUCCUGUGUUUGGGCUUGUUUGAACAGGAUGUAAACGCCAAGAAAAGUCUGCAGUUCCCUGAGCUGUACAAGGCAGGUCAAAAAGACCUCUUCUUCAAUUUUGGAAUAUUCUUUGUGUCAUUCAUCCAUGGAUCCUUUGUCUCUUUGGUCAACUUCUACGUCACCAUGUGGGCCAUGGGGGACAGAUCAGGCAUCCGGGUCACUGGUGAUUAUCAGUCCUUUGCAAUGGUUGUUGCAACCUCUGCCAUCUUGACAGUUAUGGCUGAGAUCAUGCUGGAGAUGAAAUUCUGGACCGUCUUCUCUUCCCUGGCCAUCUUGAUCAGCCUCCUGCUCUAUUGUCUUUCCACGUACAUCACUCAAAGCUUCCUAGUUUACAGAACCUUUCCCAAGACGUUCCCCUUUCUUGAGGCCACCAGGAAUGCUCUGACUGACCCAAUGGCUGUGCUUGUCAUGUUGCUGUGUGUUGUGGUGAACAUCAUCCCCUCCCUUGCAGUCCGUUUUGUGUACAAUACUAUCUGGCCUCCGACUAUGUCAGAGAUGUUUCAAGUCCGGGAGAUCCAGAAGAAGCAAUCGACGGUGGAGCUGACAUCUCACAACAGUAGAAAUUCGCUCCUGCGGCGUUCCAGCUAUGCCUUUUCCCACAAGGAAGGAUAUGCCCAUCUCAUCGCCAAAGGAGCCAGUCUGCGGAGCAAGCGUAUCCCCGUUCGCAGACAACUGAACGGCUUCUACAGCCCUGGAAAAGACAACUCACCGCCAACUGAGAUCAACACUGCUUCUAAAGAAGCUUCUGCAGAGCAGAAGGUCCAACUCAUUUGAAGGAGACAAAGCUAUUACAGAGAACAGGGAGGCCCUAUAUUCCUUGUCCUGCCUAGGGGUGACUUUUGCCUGAAUGCCACGAUUUCUUCCUGAAACGGAGGCCUGCACUUGGCAGAAGCUUUC